UAGACCCGGCCUGAAAUGACAGAAUCCAGUGCGGCAGAAGCGGGACGCAGGGCCGGCAAAAAGCUUGUGGCGAAGGGGGGCAAAAAAAAGAAGCAGGUUCUGAAGUUCACCCUUGAUUGCACCCACCCUGUAGAAGAUGGAAUCAUGGACGCUGCCAAUUUCGAGCAGUUUCUCCAAGAGAGAAUCAAAGUGAAUGGAAAAGCUGGGAAUCUUGGUGGAGGGGUUGUGACCAUCGAAAGGAGCAAAAGCAAGAUCACUGUAACAUCUGAGGUGCCUUUUUCCAAAAGGUAUUUGAAAUAUCUCACCAAAAAGUAUUUGAAGAAGAAUAAUCUACGUGACUGGUUGCGCGUAGUCGCUAACAGCAAAGAGAGUUAUGAAUUACGUUACUUCCAGAUUAACCAGGAUGAAGAGGAGGAGGAAGAUGAGGAUUAAAACUCUUUUAUCUGGAAUAUUUUGUAUGAGUUCUUGAAAUAAAACUUGGGAACCAAAAUGGUGGUUUAUCCGUGUAUCUCUGCAGUGUGGCUCAAACAGAAAAUGGGAACCAUGGCAGAUGGGCUUCGUGGGGCUGCCACUGGCUUGUUUGUAAUUACCUUUUCUUUUCUGCUUGGAAAUUUCAUUUCUCACAAUAGUAACCAAAGUAGGAGGAGAGAAGGCUGUUAGGUCCUCACUGAGGAGCGUCCAGUGCUCAGCAAUCGAUUGAGGGUGUGGAGAUUCGAGCUUCACUUGGUCUCUCUUUUUUAUUUUUUCAAAGUAUUAAUUGUAUUUGGUUCUUUCUCAAAGGAAGAUUGAGGUGUGGGGUUCCUCAUGCAUUAAAGCAAACCGGUGGUAUUGUUCUAAGAUUGCCUUGUGGAAAUGGCAGUGUCAACGACAUGCAGGUUUCUAGGCUUCGUCUUCAUUUUAAAUUACAAAUUACUUUUGACGCUCACAACUAUGUAUGCUAAUCCUUUUUCUUCCAAUGCCAAUAAAAUGUGAUCCUUUAGCAUUGUUAUGGUCUACCCUUCACAGAAGAGUUUGGAGAGCAAUUGUAAAAGUCUAAAUUAAGUGUACAAAAAUGAAUUUGUAAAUAAUUAUUUCUACAAGUUUUUGCAAUAGACUGUCACGCUGGCCUCCAGCAGAGGGAGCUGGAGACAUCAGUGGAGAUUCCAGAUGUGACAAUCUGCGAGUCCCCAUUGGGGAGAGCCCCUUGAUACCCAGGGCUCUGGAGGCUUUCCUGAGUGGGGCUUGAGAAGCCACUGGGAAGUAGUUCUUGCUGAGGAUUUGGGAAUUGCUCAGGAAAUAGUUGCUUCUGCACCACUUAAGGCCACUACUGGACUUCAUGUCAAGAAAGUCCUACUGACACUGGGUGGCAUAGUUUAGUGAUAGAACUCUUGAUUGACAUGCAUAAAGCCCUGGGUUCCAUCCCCAGUACCACACAGAAACUGAAGUGGUGUGUCUGCAGGGUACUGGUGCAGAGAACCAGGCUUCAGCUUGGGAUUUUUGGUCAAUGUGUGCAGAGGCUAGAGGGCUGACAGUGGGGAGGGUUUGAGUGGCCACAUCAUUGUCCAUUGACUUUGAAAGAGCCCCUGGUAACAGUGCAACCUUCUGAAUCCAAACAAUUUUGCAAAAGUGUCUGCCUUGUUUUAUAAUUAUGCUGUAUAAAAAUUCAUAUUUUAAAGUGCUGGCCUCCAACUGAUAUCUGUACCUGAGAUGACUGCUCUGUGAGCUGCAUAGCUGGAAAUUAAUGUCCAGGUCCCACCAUGGCUCAAUUUAACAUUUGGUACUUCCUGGAUUGAGCUUAACAUGGAGGUUUUGCAAUUUCACUUGUGGCAAGGGCUCUAGCAUUUUCUAUUUCUAUGCAAAUUUCUUAAGGCAGAAUUGUUUGCAUAUUUCUCCUCUGCCCUCACAGAAGGUAGGAUUUCUUUGAAACCUAACUGAGGCAUCAGUUGCUCUUUGGCUGUGUUCCUUACCAUGAUUCAACUUUAUAAGUGUCACUGGGGUUUGCAAAUUCGUUGUUGCAUAGGUGUUCCAUGUAGUGAUUAAAUUUUAGUUUGGCUGUUAAAAUUAAUCCUGGACUAAAAUUAGCAUGUUUUUUUUUAAAUGGUCCUCUGCAAUUUAAAAUGUAAUAAACUGAAACUCACUGGUUUUUCUAUGCCUUUUUGAACUCUUGUAAUUGAGUUUGAUUACAUUUUAUAUUAAAGAGGCUAACACAUGGCUACUA